GUGCAGUGUUUCAAGGCUCUUCGCGACCAUCCUGGUCUGGCUUCUCGUCCUCCUGGUUCACAGCUCUUUGUGAAGUCUCACAUUAUUCAACAGUCUUUGUCGUCUUCCACAAUUUCAACCUGGUUACAUCGUAGCUUCAUUGCGCUCUGCACCUCUGAACCUAAUGUGCCCAUUCGUUCACUGGCUUCUUCUCGGGCGUUAGACCUUGGGGUCUCUAGGGAUAACAUUGCUACCCUCGGCAAUUGGGCUUCCUCAUCCACCUUUGAACAUCAUCAUCAAUGCAAUCAGAUGGCCAAAGUGGACUUUACAACCACGGUUCUCUCGGAUUCUCCGGAUCGAUUUUAUGAUGCCAAUGACGACUUUGCUCUGGAUUAG